AAUGGAGAGAACAUAAAUUACCUUUUUUUCCUUAUACGAAAUAAAAUCGAAAGAUAGACCGAUCUAAUUCGCUCUUAUGCAAUAUCAUUUAAAUGUUAAUCAAAUUUAUCUAAAUAAUGAUGUCCAUGAUGUGAUAAUUUAAAAAUUAUUAUUAUGAUAUUUCAUAAUAAUAAUGAUGAUAAUGAUGAUGAUGAUGAUGGUGAUGAUGAUGAUUAUUAUGAUGAUGAGAUGCUGUUAUUAUUUAAUUUCUUUAUUGCAUAUAAAUUUCAAUGAUUAAUGUAUAUUAAAUUGGAUUAUUGUUUUGGAAAAAAGCAUUAAUAUAAAAUACAUAUUUAUGGUUUUAUAAAGAUUCUAUAAAAAGAAGGGGAAAGAGAAUAAAAGGAAAAGAAAUAAUCAGGAUCUUAUAUUAAUAGAUUAUGUUUAAAUGAAUGACGGCAAACUGUUCGCAACGAUAACACCAAUAAUACACAAAUGUUCUAAUAAAGGACGAAAGGAUGCGAUUAUGUAUAAGAAAAAAAAGAUCGUUCGAUUGAUUGAUUUAUUGAUUAAUUAUGCAUUAUUCAACUGAUUCAUGCAUAUGCAAUUUAUUGUAAGAGGAAAGAUAAAUACUACGGCCUUAGACCUAGUCGUGUGUAUAUAAAAAAGUAAGAAGAAAGGUGAGCCUCAAUCGAAAGAUAAUACAGAGUCUGGCAUCGUUAGACACAAAUUUUAUAUCGAAGAGAUUUAAAAAUGCAUCAAAAUAAAGUCAAUGCGUUAAAAACCGAAUGUGUGCACUUAUAUCUAUUUUUACAUUUUUAUGUAUCCCUUCCUAUAAACUAAAAAUUAAAUAAUAUCGCCUUUUAUCGAUAUAUAAUAAUCAUAUACAAACAUUUGUUACAUUUGUUCAGGACGAUAGUAUUAGACUCGAUCGGUAAUGAAGAUAAUGUUCAAACAUAACCUUUAAAAUAUUAUCUUGUAAAAAUUUACAAACCAAAUAUGAAAACGCAGGAUUGGAAAGAAUUAGAUAUUCCUUUAAGUAAACCUGUAUUAGAAACACUUCAAGAAUUGAAAUUUGAAAUUAUGACACCUGUUCAAGCAGCCUGUAUACCUCUCCUUUUAAAAGGGAAAGACGUUGCCGCAGAGGCAGUAACAGGUAGUGGCAAAACACUUGCUUUUCUUAUUCCUUUAAUGGAAAUAUUACAAAGACGCCCUGAUAAAUGGAAAAGUACAGAAAUAGGAGCUUUAAUAAUAACACCGACUAGAGAAUUAGCCAUUCAAAUUAGUGAAGUAUUAACAAAAUUCUUAAAUAAACUCUUAUUAUUAAAACAAGUAAUUCUUGUCGGUGGUACAACUAUUAACGAAGAUAUAGAGAAAUUAAAAGCUGGUGCCAAUAUUAUAAUAGCAACUCCUGGUAGACUAGAAGAUAUGCUUUCUAAUUGCAAAAGUAUAAAUUUAACAAAAUGGUUGAAAUCUUUGGAAAUAUUAAUCUUGGAUGAAGCUGAUAGAUUAUUAGACUUAGGUUUCUCAAAAACAUUAGAUAUUAUAUUAAGCUAUUUACCGCGCUUACGAAGAACAGGUCUAUUUUCUGCUACGCAAACAAAAGAAUUACAGCAAUUAAUUAGAGCGGGAUUAAGAAAUCCGGCUUUUGUUUCCGUAAAGGAGAAAGCUAAUAUAUCAACACCUUUGAGCUUAACAAAUAAUUAUGUAAUAAUACAAGCUGAAAAUAAGUUAUCAACAAUGAUAAGUUUUAUUCAACAAAAAGGAAUUCAUUUAAAAUAUAUGAUUUUUUUAUCUACCUGUGCGUGUGUAGAUUACUUCAGUCAUAUUAUACAAGCAAUGUUAUCAGAGACACGAGUAUUAGCUUUACACGGCAAAAUGAAGAAAAAAAGAUAUAAAAUAUUUGAUGAGUUUCGUUCAAUAGAAGCUGGCAUUUUGAUAUGUACUGAUGUCAUGGCUAGAGGUAUUGAUAUAUCAGAAGUAGAUUGGGUAUUACAAUACGAUCCUCCAUCUACUGCGAGCAACUUUGUACAUAGAUGUGGAAGGACAGCCCGAAUUGGGCACGAAGGAAGUGCAUUACUUUUCCUAUUAAAAAAUGAAGAUGCAUACGUAGAUUUUAUUAAAAGAAAUCAGAAAGUAGAUAUACAAGAAAUGAAAUUAGAAGUAUGUAAUGAUAUAAUGAGAAAGUGUUUACAAUGUAUGCGUGAUUUACAAUUAAAAGAUAGACAAAUAUUUGAUAAAGCAAAUAGAGCAUUUGUAUCAUAUGUACAAGCAUAUAAUAAACACGAAUGCAAUUUAAUUUUAAGAUUAAAAGAUAUUGACUUAGGAAACCUUGCCAUGGGUUUUGGCUUAUUAAAAAUGCCACGAAUGCCUGAAUUGAAAGGACGUGAUAUAACAUCUUUUGUUGCUCCAGAAAUUGAUUCCAAUUCAAUUACAUAUUUGAACAAGGAAAAGGAACGAAUCAGAUUAGAAAAAUUAAAUCAGUUUCAUAAUACAGGUACAUGGCCAGGAAAAAUGAAACGUAAAUGUAAACAAACAGAAUCUUGGACUGAAACAAAAAAGAGAAAAUUAGAAAAACAAGAAAAACGUAAAAAGCGAAAAGAAAAGAAAAAAAUUCAACAGGAUAAGGGUGUUGUUCCAGUUAAAAAAAAGAAGAGAUCUAUUACUUCUGAGGAGUUAGAAGAAUUAGCGAAAGAUGUAGCAUUAAUAAAAAAAUUUAAAAGGAAAAAGAUAACUAAGGAAGAGUUUGAAACAGAAUUUGGAAUUAGUUAACAAAAAAUUGGAAAAAAUAUAAAUGAUACUAUAUUUAUAAAAUGUUUGCAAAAAUAUAUAUAUAUAAUUUAUAAUAUAUUUAGCAAUCUUUCCAACAGACAAUAAACAUUUUGUUUCUUUUCUAA